GUAAAAUGGGAUAUGACAUAGUGUUGACCUCUUGAGGAACACCAUUCUUCGAAGCCACGUCUGUGUUUUCUGUUUCUUAUACUUUCUUCUCAAAUUUCACCUUAAUUCCUUCAAUAAAUUCAAUUCUUUUGAACAACCCAUUUCUCCCGAUUCCUUUUCUUUGAAGAUUUCCUCAACCCCUUCUCAAUCGAUCUCACAUUCCCAGAUUUCACCAUGUCGUUUGAGGAGGAUGAUGAGACCUUCGAGCACACUCUCCUUGUUGUUCGUGAGGUUUCCGUCUACAAAAUCCCUCCUCGAACCACAUCCGGUGGCUGCAAGUGCGGUGAGUGGCUUCAAUCCGACAAGAUCUGGUCCGGCCGCCUUCGUGUUGUGUCCUGUAAGGACCGAUGUGAGAUCCGAUUGGAAGAUCCCAACUCCGGCGAACUUUUUGCUGCUUGUUUUGUUAAUCCGGGUCAGCGGGAAAGCUCCGUAGAGACCGUUCUUGACUCUUCUCGAUACUUCGUUUUGAAGAUCGAGGAUGGCCGGGGAAAGCACGCUUUUGUAGGGUUAGGUUUUGCCGAACGAAAUGAAGCUUUUGAUUUCAAUGUGGCAUUGUCUGACCAUGAGAAGUACGUUAGGAGGGAUCUUGAGAAGGAUCCGACUAGUGGCGGCAACGGCAGCUGCAGCGGCGGCGAUGCUAAUGAAGAAAGCCAAAUUGAUAUCCAUCCUGCUGUGAAUCACAGAUUAAAGGAAGGUGAAACAAUUAGGAUCAAUGUGAAGCAUAAACCAUCCAGUGGAACUGGUAUGCUCUCAGCUGCAGGAUUGUCAGGGUCUGGUAGUGGAAAGUCAAAAACUCUAACUCUUGCUCCACCACCAACUGGAGCUAGGAAAAUCAGUACUCCUCUUCCACCCCCUCCAAACGAUCCAGCUGCACGGAAGUUAUCUGCCAGCACGUGCCGUGGUGUCAGUCAUGAAGGAAAAAAGGACAAUGUAAGCAAUGCAACCGACCCUUUAUCAGAUCUUUCCCAACUUGAGAGAAAUCUUCCUUCUGCUCCAGGUUCGACAAAAGCAGCAGCAUCAGGAUGGGCAGCAUUCUGAUCAAUGUAUGCUGGUGGUGUUAUUAAAAAACGAAAAAAACAAAAAAAACAAAAAGUCUUAGUUUGAUGUAAUCUUCAUUUUUUUGUUCAUCUUGAGGGUGAAAUGAGAGGGGAGGAAAAAAGGUGAAAGGGAAGUUAUAAGUGAUAAUACCAAAUUGGAAAAUAAUCUUCGGAAUACAUAUGUAUGCUUCUCCCGUUAUUUUCCCUAUUGAUCUUGAGUUGUCUUUUCUA